UAUAACCAGUUACUUAUGCCAGUACGGGACCCCGUCUCGUACCCCUACUACCAGACUUCCUCUCCGCUUCCACGAGAGUCAACGCCUCUACUGAAUGUAAUGUGGUGUGAUCUAUGUACACACUAAAACCUCAUCUUCCCUCUGCCCGUGAAUAAUCAUCUCUUUCCAAGCCUUCUACUACUCCAUCAGUGCAGCCAGACUUGUCAUCAUGUCUUUGGAUAUUACGACCUUCCACAAUGUUAUCAACAAUGAGUUGAUCACCACCUCAAACACCUGUCACGGUAUCAACCCCGCAAACCGUCAGCCCAAUCCUGAAGUCCCUGUUUCCACAAAAGAAGAUCUUGAUCAAGCCGUCAAUUUUGCUCGACAAGCUUUCCGAAAAUGGUCAAAGACCUCAUUCGAUGAGCGCCGCACUGCCCUGAGCGCCUUUGCAGACAAAAUCGAAGUAAACAAGGACGCACUGGUCCGGCUGUUAACGCAGGAACAAGGAAAGCCGCUCAGCCAGUCGACUGAAGAGCUUAGAAUGGCAGUCCAGUGGGCCCGAGUCAUACCCACAAUUGAGAUUCCUGAGACGGUUAUUGAAGACACAGAAGAACAACAGAUCAUUCAGCGGUAUACUCCUCUCGGUGUCUGCGGGGCUAUCGUGCCGUGGGAUUUCCCUGUCUUGCUAGCUGUCGGCAAGAUCGUGCCCGCUGUGUACACAGGUAACACUGUGAUCCUUAAACCCUCCCCAUUUACGCCGUACUGCGGCCUGAAGCUCGCUGAGUUAGCAGCGCAAUGCUUCCCACCAGGUGUGGUCCAGGCAUUGAGUGGGGGUAAUGAACUGGGCCCUAUGAUUACAGAGCACCCAGGGAUCGACAAGAUCAGUUUCACUGGCUCAAUUGAUACAGGGAAGCUUGUCAUGAUGAGUUGCGCACAGACCCUGAAGCGGGUUACACUAGAGUUAGGUGGGAAUGACCCGGCCAUUAUCUGUGAUGAUGUCAAUAUUGAUGCGAUCAUUCCAAAGAUUGGGAUUCUCUCCUUCCUCUGCUCUAGCCAGAUCUGCAUGAUGAUCAAGCGGCUGUACGUCCAUGAGAAGAUCUAUGAUGAGUUCUGGGAGAAACUCGUGGCCUUUGUGCAAUCCCUCAAGGUUGGCGAUGGCACCCAGCCUGAUGUCUUCUUCGGCCCAGUCCAGAACAGUAUGCAGUAUGACAAGGCUAAGUGUCUCCUCGAAAGCUUGUCCUCUGAAGGUCUCAAGGCAGCCCACAGCGGAACUAUCAAUGACUCAGCAGGCUACUUCAUCCACCCAACCAUCGUUGAUAAUCCUCCUGAGUCUGCCCGGGUCGUUCAAGAAGAGGCCUUUGCGCCGAUUUUGCCUAUGCUCAAGUGGUCAGAUGAAGAAGAUGUCAUUAAGCGGGCGAAUGCUACUGAGACAGGCCUUGGGUCAUCGGUAUGGAGCAAGGACAUGACGCGAGCUCGUCGAAUAGCUGAUCAGCUUGAGUCGGGCAGCGUGUGGAUCAACUCCCACUUUGACGUGUCUCCCAAAGUACCGUUUGGAGGACACAAGGCCAGCGGAAUUGGCACGGAAUGGGGGUUGAACGGUUUGACGGCGUACUGUAACUCACAGAGCUUGUGGGUCAAGCAGGGUUCGUGA